AUGUCUGCACCGGAGGAGAUCAAGAUCCAGGCAAAAAACAUCGAUGCUGCAGCAAGAGAGAUAAUUGGCAUUUUGGAGGAUACAAGCAAAGGAAAUGUGAUAUUCGUCCGUGGUUGGCGUGGAUUUGGGGCAUCAGCGGCACUCAAGGCAGUAGCGCAACGCCUGAAAUCAUCAAAAUCAACGUUUGGCAGGGUUGUUCACGUGGACUGCUCGUUGUGGAAAAGCAUGAGGGCCCUGCAGAAGGCAGUCGCGGACGAGCUGGAGCUUCCGCCGUCGGUGAUGGCUAUCUUCGAUCGGCAGGACGAGGAGGAUGAUUUCAGUGGGAUAGACGAAGGCUCUCGAGGGGUGAUACCAGAUAUCAGAACAGAAAUCUUCAGAAAGCUUGCUAUCAGUAGAUUUGUGGUGAUAUUUCACAAUGGGAUUGACAAAUACAUUGAUCUGUACGAGUGUGGUGUUCCACUAAUACCAAUUUUGAAUAAUAAGGUGCUGUGGACCUGGCAUGGGAGGUUUCGACCCGAUUUUUGUCUCAAAUACACAAUGGAGCAGCAUACUGAUGUUGUUGUCAAUUAUUCUCAUAAUGAUUGGAUCUGUGGCAAAGCAUUACUGGAAGAGGCCAAAGAGGUUGUUACUUAUAUGGGUAUUCCAGAGCCUUACAUGAACCAAGUGAUAGUUGAGAAGUGCUUCCAGUACAUAUAUGCACUGGGAUCUGGCAGGAGCCCUUACUUUGGAAAGUGGCUGAACCAUGCUUCAAACUACUUGGUAUGCGAUGGGAUUAUACAAGGGCAAGGUGAUACAUCAGCAUGGGGAGUUGCCGAUGCUCUACAAAGGAACAUGCAUUUAGAUUGGUUGUUUCUGAUGUCCAUUGGUGAUGACAUUCGUCGCCACCUUCAGUGCAGGCUUCAUGACCGUUUGGUUUUGUGGGAACACAAGGAUGACGUGCUACCUGAUGAGAUUGGCUUGUUGCAUUCUGAGGCGACAACCUUUUUCAUUGUACCAGCUAAUGGAUAUGGCACGAGGAUGACAACAUUACGAGAAGGCAUAUUCCAACACUCACACAGCAGCAAGCUGCGCGUGUUACAUCUCUCUUGGUGCGGCUUUAGUUUUGAAUCCCCUCCCUUCCUUUGCUGCAGCCAGCUAAGGUUCCUGCAGCUAAAUGAAUGCAGAAAUAUCCCAUCUAAUAAGCAUCCAAGCUACAACGAAGACCUGUCAUGCUUCCAGAAGCUAUGGGUGCUGCACCUGAGGUAUACAAACUGGUAUCGAUUACUAUCAGAAGAGAUGAUGAGCUUUAUGGCUGACCUCAGGGAGCUGUAUGUACAGAGAGUCAAGGAUUGGAGCAUAAGUGAUUUACGUGGCAGGGGACCUUCCCUUGUCAAGGUCCAUGUACAAUCUGACUACUCAGGACGAGUGCCUGACCUGCGAAAGGAAUACUACUUGCCUGACCUGUCUACAAGCUUCCUUAAGACAGUCAUCCUUGUCGAUUGUGUUAUUAUGCAACAUGUUGUCUCCAGCAUGCUUCCCCCAUCACUCGAGUCAUUCACCUUCGUAUGUGAUUAUCAUUCACCUUCCUCCAUCAUAUCUAGAUUUUCCUUCCAGGGCUGUUCUCAGUUGAACAGUAUACUACUGAAAGGACAUCUAUGGAGCCUCAAGGAGCUGGACCUCUCAGGCACAGCAGUGAAAACCUUCGACCUCAGAGAAGUGAAAGCUCCAAACCUCCAGCGUCUCAUCUUGCUGGGCUGCAAGAAGCUCUGUGCAAUAUUAUGGCCACUAGAGAGCAGAAGGACAAAUGUCUUGAAGGUACUGCACAUCGACACCACACGAUCUACAUCACCUGGCCAAGCUAAUUGGGAAGAAAAGCCCAAGGACCCUAUUGCAGCUGUGGGAUCAUUAUUUAUUCAUGUUGCUACUGCUACUGAAUUAGGCAUCAGUCGACAUGCGUCCUUUGAUUUUAAAUGGUACAUUUCUCCAAGGGAUACAAGGAUCCUUAGGUCACUUGUGCCGGUUAAAAAUAUUGAGCACAGUCAUGUAUAUAUGGAAAUAGGUUCAUCUCCUACAAGUGGUGACAGUGAAGCUGCUCAAGGAAUCUGGAGUCAGUGUCAGCCUGACAAUUAUUUAUAUGCAAGGGGUGUCUUCUUUCAAAGCGACCUGCAUGCUGGCGCCGGUAAUGAAGGUGUAAUCAGCUGGAUGUGGGAUUGCCCAGCUAUUCCUACUCCAACAGCUCAAGACUUGUAUGUUCACUUAAAAGAUAAUCAGGGGAUGAAGAGGGGAUUACUGCAGCAACAACAGAGCAACAUCGAAGGAAUUAAUAUUAGUGCUGAUUCACCCUCUCGUUUUGUAUUUAACAAUGCUCGCAUGCUUCACGUGCAUGAUAGCUCUUCCAUCACUUGCAUCACAUGCCCACAAGGUUCAUACUGGAGGAGCCUUGAAUGGUGCCGAGUCGAGAGGUGCCCCGAGCUGCGUACUGUCUUUCGUACUGCCCAACAAAGUGAGGGUGAUAGCUUCUGUCAUCAGUUGAGCACAUUCUGGGCAUCUCAACUCCUGAAGGCACGCUACAUCUGGUAUUGGAGUGCAAUGCGUGUGUUUUCCUCUGUAAACAUAGUACUGUUGCACCUGGACUAUUGCCCUAGGCUCAUACAUGUGCUUCCCUUGUCUGAGUCUGUGGACACUUUGCCUUGCUUGGAUACCCUGGAAAUUGUGUGUUGCGGAGAUCUUAGGGAGGUCUUCGCUUUGGACCCUAAGCAAAAGGAGCAAAAAGUUAUACGGUUUCCCAAGCUAAGGUGCAUCCACCUGUAUGAGCUUCCCAGCCUACGGUGCAUCUGUGGGAGCAGGAUGUCCGCUCCCAACUUGGAGACCGUCAAGAUCAGGGGCUGCUGGAGCCUCAGGUGCCUUCCUGCUGUCAGCGGACACAAAGAGAAGCUGCCUAGUGUGGACUGCGAGAAGGAAUGGUGGGAUAACCUUGAGUGGGACGGGGGUGGAGGAGAACCACCACUCUUCACUCUAUGA